AGAAAGAGGUGUAACUGCGUUUCAGAUACGACGAAGAGUUGAAAGUUUCUAAAAGAGCAGCGCGAGCAGCACCUUCACUCACUGGCAUUUAUAAGUCUGCUUUCUUUGCAGAUAGCCAGGAUGGAAAACAUGUCGUCUACUAAAUGGACCGAAAAUACCAACGACACUGAAAUCAUCGAUUCAAGGUUCCGUUACACUCUCUUUCCCAUUUUCUAUGGUGUGGUCUUCGUCUUGGGGUUGAUAGCCAACUGCUAUGCUCUCUAUGUGCUUCACCGCAUGCGGGAGUCUAAAGCCAUGAAUGAGAUUCGGAUCUACAUGACCAACUUGACUGUCGCAGACCUGUUGUUUGUGUCUGCUCUACCGUUCUGGAUUGACUACUACAUGCAUGAAGGUCACUGGAGAUCCACAGAAGCCUUCUGUCGUAUCACAGGCACAUUUUUCUUUAUUAACACCUAUGGCUCUAUUCUAUUCCUCACUGUCAUCAGCAUUAACCGUUACUGGGCUGUUACCAAACCCCUAAAGGCAGCCUCUUCUGACUGCUGGAAACGUGGAGCGAUCAUCUCAGUGCUCAUCUGGGCUUUCAUCCUUUCAGCAUCGAUUCCUCAACUUACUAAAGAGGGAAUUCAGAAGGAACAAAGAAUGAACAGGUCCAUGCAACGCUGUUUUGAGGGUUACCACUACACAGAUGAAAAUACAAAAAACGUAUUGGUCAUCACUCACUUCAGCAUUAUUGGCUUGUUCUUCCUUGUUUUCUUAAUGGUGAUUAUCUGCAACAUCUCCAUCGCUCGAGCUCUUCUGUCUCAACCCAUCAGUCAGCCUCGAGCCAGCACAGGACGACGUCCUGGCGGGACCAAACGAAGAGCUUUGAGGAUGUUGUGUGCCGUCAUUGGCGUGUUUGUAAUCUGUUUCCUACCCCAUCAUGUGGUGCAAGGUCCCUGGGUUUUGUCAGUGCUGCAACUGAAGAAGUAUUGGUCCACAUGGACUCACCAAACCUUAAACGAUGCCCAUCAGAUCACCCUCAUGCUUAUGGGGAUCAACUGUCUCCUAGACCCAUUGGUGUAUUGCUUCGCUACCACAAAAUUUCGCAAGUACCUCGAAAAUCAUUUCACAAAGAUGAAGAAUAGGAAAAACUGCUCACGUUACACGUUAAGCACAGGUAUAUCACUGAAGAGUAGACAUCAGAGCAUUGUCAAUGCUGUAGAUGAAGAGAAAGCAUAGCUGGGAAAUACCAAAGACUAUAGAAUACACAAGACAUGUCACUCGUAUCUUUUUGAAUGGGGAAAAGUCUAGUGGUCAA